UUCGGGAUGAUGUCAAGUUCCUCCUCCGAACCGGACGACUCAACAUAGUAAGUACAUUUCUCUCGAAACAAACCGAUUCGACGAAUUCGGAUUUGGAAUUCGUGGCUUAAUUUGGAUCUGAUCGAAGCGGAAUGGGCCGACGGUAAUCCCAGAAGAGCACCGCAUUGGAGGAGAAACGUCAAAGGACACGAAUAAGAUGAUUCUUAAGGAGGCUCAAGUUGGACGAGCGUAGACCUCAGUGCACAAAAUGGGCUUCCAUUGGGACUUGGUGUUUAGCACCAUCUAUCAGACUUCUUCUCUCAUGUGGGACGAGAAAGCUGUAGCAGAUGUUGGAGCCUCAUACACGUCAGCAGACUCGCUCACAGUGGCCGCAUUCAUGCACUAACCCUCUGCAUACUGGCUGAACGACCAUGGCUCUUAAAUCACGGAGACCGUGGACGACUGUGUGUUUCGGUAUCGUCCUCGGAUUCACAGUGUCCUCCUGGCUCAUUGUACCUCAAGUUCUGGAAACUAAACGGAAGGAGUCGUCACUGUGCCCGCGCGUCAGUGACGGUAGGUCCGCUGGUAGAUCACCGGAGCUCGUUGCUGACAGACCGGGGAACCAUAGGUCCAACCCCGAGGAGAACGUUGUGUUCAACGCCGGGAACAUCAGCGGGGAUGAAGGGAAGCACGUGACAAAACCCAAGCGUUUCCUUUUCGUCGGUGUCAUGACUGCAAAGAAGUACCUGGCUACCCGCGCCGUGGCAGCUUACCGCACCUGGGCGUCAUCGAUUCCCGGGAAGGUGGAGUUUUUCUCCAGUGAGGGGUCAGAGGAGGUCCUGGUGCCCGUCCCCGUUCCAGUGGUGUCUCUGGAGGGCGUGGACGACUCGUACCCGCCACAGAAGAAGUCUUUCAUGAUGCUGAAGUACAUCCACGACCACUACCUGGAUAAAUACGAGUGGUUCAUGAGGGCGGAUGAUGACGUCUAUAUCAGAGGUGAGAAGCUGGAGUUGUUUCUGCGGUCGUUGAACAGCAGUAAACCCCUGUACCUCGGCCAGACCGGUCUUGGCAUGCCCGAGGAGCUAGGCAGGUUGGCGCUGGAGCCAGGAGAGAACUUUUGCAUGGGCGGACCCGGUAUGAUCUUCAGCAGGGAGGUCCUCCGCAGGAUGGUGCCACACAUCAGCACCUGUCUAAAGGAGAUGUACACUACACAUGAGGACGUGGAAGUGGGCCGCUGUGUACGUCGCUUUGGUGGAACGCAGUGUGUGUGGUCAUAUGAGAUGCAACAGCUCUUCUAUGAGAAUUAUGAACGCAAUAAGAAAGGUUUUAUAGAAGAUCUCCACAGCAGCAAGAUCCAUAAUGCCAUCACUCUCCAUCCCAACAAAUGGCCUGCCUAUCAGUACCGGCUUCACAACUACAUGCUCACCCGUGAGAUUUCAAAACUUCGUUACCAAACCAUUCUGCUCCACCGUGAAGGCCUGCUCAUGACUCAGCUGAGCGACACAGAGGUGCUUUUGGAGGACCAACAGCUGGGAGCGCCUCCAACCUUCAUGCGAUUUCAACCUAAUGAGAGGAAUGAUGUCAUUCAGUGGGAUUUUCUGACAGGUCGUCAUAUUUUUUCAGCCGUUGAAAACAAGAUGGCCCGGCAAAGUCUUGGGAGCUCAUUGAGGAAGGCCUUAGAAGACGUCAUUCUGCAGGUGAUGGAAAUGAUCAAUGAAAAUUCCAAAACAAGAGGACGGGUCAUUGACUUUAAGGAGAUUCAGUACGGCUACUAUCGUGUGGAUCCGAUGCAUGGUGCUGAAUACAUUUUAGACUUACUGCUCCUCUACAAGAAACAUAAAGGCCGCAAAAUCACGGUGCCAGUGAGACGGCAUGCGUACCUGCAGCAAUCCUUCAGCCAACCAUUUUUCAGGGAAACUGAAGAAUUAAAUGUGGCUGAACUGGUCGCUGCCAUUAACUCUGAGUCCCAGUCCCUUUCUUUCUUAUCCAACUCCUUAAAAUUCUUCUCCCCUUUCCAGUUCUAUGAGUCCACCAGGGAAUUGUGGGAGCAAAGUCAGAAAAAGGUCCACAUCCUGGUCCCUCUUUCUGGUCGCUAUGACACCUUUGUACGCUUCAUGGAAAACUUUGAAAAAGUUUGUUUGAUACCCAAACAGAAUGUAAAACUCUCAGUCAUCUUGGUGGAUAAUGAGAGCAACCAACACACACAACAACAUGUUCAGCUAAUCCAAAAUUAUUACAAGAAAUAUCCCAAAGCAGACAUGUCGGUUAUUCCAAUGACGGGUAAUUUUUCGCGUGGUUUUGCACUGGAGCUGGGCUCCUCUCCGCUCCACAACAACACUCUGCUCUUCUUCUGUGAUGUUGAUCUCAUCUUCACUGGGGAAGCACUGCAGCGCUGCAGAGACAAUACUGAACAAGGAAAACAAACUUAUUUUCCUGUUGUAUUUAGUCAGUACAAUCCCAAAAUUGUGUACUCAGACAGGGCCCUUAGGGACAAGGUUGUGCUGACUAAAAAAAGCGGGUUUUGGCGAGAUUAUGGUUUUGGAAUUGUUUGUAUUUUCAAGAGUGAUCUCCUUAAAGCAGGGGGCUUCGAUACUUCAAUUCUGGGCUGGGGACUGGAAGAUGUAGAUUUGUUUACUAAAGUCAUUCAUUCUGGUUUAAAGGUGUUUCGCAGUCAAGAACCAGGAAUUGCCCACAUUUAUCAUCCAGUUCACUGCAACUCCAGUCUUGAUCAGAGGCAGUACAAGAUGUGCCUUGGCUCAAAAGCAAGCACAUAUGCUUCGACAAUUCAAUUAGCGGAGAUGUGGCUGGAUAAACAUAUUGAGGGCGUUUAUAACAGAAGUGCAUCCUGACCUCCCAGCUAAUUCACGCUCCACCCUGCAAGUUACCUCAAUUCUGCUCAGACAAUACUUUGGUGUUUAUACGCAUCAAGUGCAAAGUUUUGUUUUCUAAAAAGACUUCAUCAACCAAAUUGUUGUACCAGUCCAAAAGUAAUCUGACUUGAGUCCCGUGUGCUGCUCAUUUUAUUUAAAGUGACAGACAUUCAUUGAUAAGUGGUUUUCAAGAGAUGUUCAUUUGAUUGUAUUUCUUUAAGAACUGGUAUUGUUAUUUUAAAACUGUUAAAUUAUGAUGUCAUGUUAAACUUAAUAGUAUAAUAAUGAGUAUGGAUUUCUAGGACAUAUGCUGAGCAGUGCUUAUCUAGCAAAAAUAAUUUUACUGUUCUAGUGUCCACAAUGUCUACAAGAAUACAGUUUUGCUAAAGCCAAUCAUUGUUUUUCUGCACAGUACAGAAGACAAUGUUCUUCUUCAAAGAGAUUUUUCAAUUAAUGCACUGUAUCUACCUCGCACACGAGACCUAGUUAUACAUACCUAGAACAUGAAAGUUGUACUGUCAUGUGCUUGUUCAAGAUGUUAAGAUUCUGUCAGUCUUUCCUUCUCAUCUCUCCUGCUCGCCCUUUGCUGUUUUUUCUAUCACAGAGGUGAGUUUGACAAAUAGUAUUUUACACUACUAUACUUGCAUGCAUUAGUUCCUGGAUUUUAACCUCAGUAUAUCCAAAUACAUACAGAAACUGAUGUCUUUUGCUCUCAUGUUUAUAGAGCAGUGAAUCAAAAUCCAUACUGUGUUGCACGGCUGCGGCUACUAAAUUAUUACAAUGGGACCACGACAAAGGCUUUUGAAGUGCAAGCAACAGUAUUGCCUGAUGCUGGAACUUGAGUUUCAUGUGAGCCCAGCUGUGUGCCCACCCAAGAUGAGAUGCCCAUUUUCUUAUAAUGAUAACACUUGAAAUACUUCAGCAACGCGGCCUAAGGAUACAGCAGAACAUCCAGGGUUAAGAGAAUCAACAUCUUGGAUAUAAAGCCUAAUAUUAUGGUUAUUUCAAUAGCAGAAGAUGUAGCUCGGAGCCAGCAAAGAUAACUAAUGGUACUCAAAGAACUCAAAUGACAUCAAUAUUCACAGCCAUAUUUUUUUUCUAGCUCUUUAAAGGAUCAACGAUCAUUUUCUUUUUUUUCUGUAGGAUUUUAAAGGCUCAUUGAACACACAUGAAGCCUAACUUGUGAGUAUGAUUGCUGCCUUUGCCCUCCAAAGGAAUGUUGUUAUUUCAUGGGUGAACAUUUAUUUUUGGGGAUGAGUUAAAAAAAAAUCUACAAUGCCCUGUUUUAUUAUUUAUGGCUGGAUGGUUGGAAUGAAGCCCAUGUUCUGAAGGAUGCAAUAGGUUACCUUCUUUGAAUGAAUGUAAGAUAUGUGUGAUAAAAGCAGGUAUUUGUAUGCUAGCUUUGUAAACUGUUGUGUUAAAUGGAACACAACCAUCUUUUGCUUUGGGGUUUCUAUCAAAUUCCUUUUGCAGGCAGAGAGCCUUUAAAAGUUUACACAUUCAUAUGUUGUAAAAACUGCAGAUGAACUUAAAACCAGUCUUGUAUUUUUUGUACUUGUAAGUUGAAUGUUAUUUUUCGCAAAUGAUUAUCAAAUGUCUAUAACGCUGAUCCUGUUGCAUGUAAACUACAAAAUAUCACAACCAUACACAGGUGUCAUCAGUGCAGCUGUGCUUCAGUCUUAAUCAAACCUAUCAAAUACAGAAAAUGAUAGCAAUAAACCUUGUACUGA